UCAAGCCGGCCCCUGUGUUUGGAAUGGAUGCCGGAAGUUGGGUGAGCUCGGAGGUCGAACACGAAAACUCUCCCGCAGCUUCUCGCUUUUAACUGCUCGAUAAGAAACGACAUAUUCGAACAUUACUCGUCGCUAUGUUAUUCAAAUUAUUCAGGACGUAAACAUCUGUCCAAAGAGUCAUGAGUCAUUCAAAUGAGGAUGCUGCUACGAAUGGCACCAUGCAGCAAAAGAGGAACAUCCAGAUCAUUGAGUGGGAGGACUUGGACAAAAGGAAGUUCUAUUCUUUUGGGGUGUUCAUUACCUUGAGCAUCCGGGCCACGGUCUACCCGGCCACCCUGAUCCGGACUCGGCUUCAGGUGCAGCGGGGCAAAUCCCUCUACGGCGGCACCUUCGACGCCUUCGUCAAGAUCCUGCGGGCGGAGGGCGUUCGGGGCCUGUACCGUGGCUUCAUGGUGAACACCUUCACCAUCAUCUCUGGCCAGGCUUACAUAACCACUUACGAGCUGGUGAGGAAGUAUGUGUCCAACUAUUCUGACGACAACACAGUCAAAUCGCUGGUGGCGGGUGGCGCGGCUUCCAUGGUGGCCCAGAGCAUCACCGUGCCCAUCGACGUGGUGUCGCAGCAGCUGAUGAUGCAAGGCCAGGGGGAGCACCUCAGCCGCUUUCGCCUUCAUUCUAAAUCAGAGACCGGCAAGCCAAAAAGAGUGUUUGGCCAAACCAGAAGCAUUGUGACCCAAAUAUUUGCUGCUGAUGGUUUACCAGGCUUCUACAGGGGAGCUGUUGCUUCUUUACUUACCUACAUCCCAAAUAGCGCCGUCUGGUGGCCGUUCUACCAUUUUUAUGCUGAGCAGCUGUCAAACCUGGCCCCUUCUGACUGUCCUCAUAUUGUCCUCCAAGCCAUGGCUGGGCCACUCGCGGCCGCCACUGCCUCCACUGUCACCAACCCGAUGGAUGUUGUCAGAGCCAGGGUGCAGGUUGAAGGACGCACUUCAAUCAUCGACACAUUCAGGCAGCUGAUCAGGGACGAAGGCGUCUGGGGUUUGACCAAAGGACUGUCGGCCCGCAUCAUUUCUUCCACUCCCACCGCCAUCGUCAUGGUGGUCGGCUACGAGACCCUCAAAAAAGUGAGUUUGCGGCCUGAGCUGGUGGACUCCAGACACUGGUAGAUGCCACUUUGUCACCAGGACCACAUGCCAUGUGAGAAGAGAAGCUCCAUACAGGACACAAAAACAAAAGUACCUCACUUUUUUAAAAGUAGACCAAAACAGUUGAUUUUUGUUGUUAUUCGGAGAAUGUUUGUGCUUGGUGUCAACUGCUCUACAUCAUCAAGAGAUCCAACGUGGUGGGCCAACAUCAGGUUAGAAGUACCACUAUUGCUACUACUAGUACUACUCUUGCCUUUUUUUAAAUUGUUUUUGCCUUUAUCAAGUAACAUUUGUGAAAUAUAUCUGUUUUGUAGGUAUGUUGUGUAUGUGUUGUACCGGUAAUUAAUAAUGGAUGACAAAAUGGCAAAUUCCGUGCAACAAAGCAAACCUAAGUACUGGAGGAACACAACUAUUAGACUGUGUGCGUGUUCCAGGUUUAACAAGUGCAGUUUUGUUGUGUGUGUUGUACCCUUUUAAGCACAAACUGAAUCCGUACAUUUGUUUUUAAUAAUGUCUUACAAUUUAUUAUGCUUAGUGUUUUUAUUUGGUGUUGGUGUUUCUUUAUAAUGCACCCCCCGCGACCCUGUAAGGGACAAGCGGUAGAAAAUGGAUGGAUGGAUGGAUGGAAUUAGUUUAGACAUCUAAAUUAAUGCCAUUGUCACCAUGAAUAAGGACAUUUUAUUGGUGGGACCUUGCUGCUUUUGUACAGUUUUUGGGGGGUAAUGUGGCAAUUUUAAUGCAACAAACUAUUAAUGAGUAAGAUAUAACCUAUAUUGGGGUAACACUUACAGUGAUGCAGGGAUUUUAUUUGGACUUUGCUUAGAAAACUUACUGAAAUAAUGUGAAAACUACUUUAAGGAAUUAUGUUGAAAUGCAAUUUACAAGAACAUACAGUGGUACCUUGGUUUUCUUACACCUCACUUCUCAUAUACGAAAAUCUUUGCCCAAAUGUUGACCUAGUUUUCGUUAACCGUCUGUUAGCACACAACCAAACAUUGUGUGGAAGUCGUCAUUCAGGUGAAUUGAGUGCCAAAACAGACGAGUCUCGCGUGUCUGCGCUUUUAUUAAUUGAGUACAGCUGCAAAAUAGCAAGCAUGGAAUCAAAGAAAGUUUUCAGACCUUUGAUAAAGAAGGUGAGGAACAUUGUUGGAUUGAUGCCAAAAACUGGUGGCAUCCACUCAUCAGUGGUUUAUGGUAAAACUUAUUUUAAAUGUUGAUUUAACCAUUUAAUUAAUAAUUUCCAUGUUUUAUGCAUUGUUUUCGAUAUGUAAAACCAUAAUUAUUCUACAAACCCCAUUUCCAUAUGAGUUGGGAAAU